CCAACGACGGGAGGUGGCCUCCGUGCGGCCUGACUGGGCUCUUGGAGUCCAUUUCGGCGCCGAGAGGCGCUCGGAUCUUCGAGACCGCGACAGAGUUUAAGAAAUGAUUAUUUAUUUGAAAAUCUAGGAAAAGUUAGCGCAACACAGAGCGGAAAGGGUAAAGGAGCAGAGGAGGGGUUGGGACGACGAGGUCCCGCCCUCAGGAGCAGGCUCACCUGCGGAAAGCACCUCCCGGCCAGUCCCCGCGGAACUAUCGCAGCCAGGAGUCGCUCUGAAAUGCCUGCCCGAACUCAUCAUGGCGGGCAAAACAUUAGUCGUUUCGCACAGAACUACGGUCCUGGCAGAUGAACCAAUGGAAGGGCGGGAGAUGUACCACGGUCCCUCCCUCUUCCCUACGACGUGUAGCGAGGAGACCGGACAGCCAUCUUAGGUUCGGGCGGAAGUGGCCCUUGGAAUCUGAGUGCAGUGGAAGAGAGCCUCCGGAGAUCCCUUUCGGGGCGAGGCCUGAUUCAAAGUAACCGUCUCCAUCGGCCACAGUGAGGAGCAGGGGGGACGGCGCCCGUCCUGAACUGGGCGUCCCCGUCCCAGGGCUACGGGGCGAGCACCGCUUUAGCGCGGUUCCGGGCGCAGCCGCUUCUCUAGUGAGCCGGAGGGACAGAGGCCGGCGUUCUGUCCCGUUUCCGGGGGCGUCUCUAUGGUGUCGGCUGGACCGAACCCCAGUCAGUGGGCUCAGGGGCCGCAGCCUGGCGGGGCCGGCAGAAGGUCAGGGGUCAUAGGUGUCUUUGGUGGCACAGUACAGACUGUCCGGAGCCGAUACCCUCCGUCUCUUGGCGCUGUCGCCCCCGCAGGUCUGUGUUUCUGAGAAGAAACCCCACCUCAGCUUCACUGCUCACAAGGUAUGGGAUCUGAGAACAGUGCUUUAAAGAGCUACACCCUUCAAGAACCGCCCUUCAGCCUCCCUGCUGGACUGGUUGUUUAUCCAGCCGUGCUACAAGAUGGCAAGCUUGCCUCGGUUUUUGUAUACAAGAGAGAAAAUGAAGACAAGGUUAAUAAAGCUGCCAAGCACUUGAAGACCCUGCGCCAUCCCUGCUUGCUGCGGUUCCUGUCUUGCACUGUGGACACCAAUGGCAUCCACCUAGUCACUGAAAGAGUGCAGCCUCUUGCUGUGGCUCUGGAAACACUAUCUGCCGCAGAGCUCUGUGCUGGCAUCUAUGAUAUACUGCUGGCUCUCAUUUUCCUUCAUGACAGAGGAAACCUAACGCACAACAAUGUCUGUUUGUCAUCUGUGUUUGUAAGUGAGGAUGGGCACUGGAAGCUAGGAGGAAUGGAAACAGUCUGUAAGGUCUCUGAAGCCACGCCAGAGUUUCUGAGAAGCAUUCAGUCAUUAAGAGACCAAACAUCUGUCCCUCCUGAAGAAAAGUCUGCAGAAUUUAGAACUUUGCAAAAGACAAAUGGACAUGCUCGGGAUGCCUAUUCAUUUGGAAUAAUGGUGGAAAGUUUGCUCACAAUCUUAAGUGAACAAGUUUCAGCAGAUAGUCUGUCAGGCUUUCAGCAGACCUUGCGUUCGAUGCUCUUGAACUCUGAUCCAGAGGGUCGCCCAGCACUCUGUACCUUACUGUCUCAUGACUUCUUUAGAAAUGAUUUCCUAGAAGUUGUGAAUUUCUUGAAGAGUUUAACAUUAAAGAGUGAAGAAGAAAAAACUGAAUUUUUCAAAUUUCUGCUUGAUAGAGUGAGUGGUUUGUCUGAGGAACUGAUAGCUUCCAGGUUGGUCCCUCUAUUGCUUAACCAACUGGUAUUUGCAGAACCAGUAGCUGUCAAGAGUUUUCUUCCUCACUUACUUGGCCCAAAGAAAGAUAAGCAGGGAGAAAAGCGGACAGGCUGUUUGCUUUCACCAGCUCUGUUUCAAACCCGAGUGAUCCCUGUGCUUCUAAAGCUGUUUGAAGUUCACGAAGAACAUGUCCGGAUGGUGCUUCUGUCUCACAUAGAUGCCUAUGCAAAGUACUUCACUCAGGAGCAGCUGAAAAAAAUUAUCUUGCCACAGGUUUUGCUGGGCCUGCGUGAUACCAAUGAUUCCAUUGUAGCCAUAACCCUUCACAGCCUGGCUGUGCUGGUUUCUCUACUUGGACCAGAGGUUGUUGUGGGAGGAGAAAGAACCAAGAUAUUCAAACGCACAGCACCAAGUUUCACCAAAACAGUUGAUGUUUCUCCAGAAGGUGACGAAGCUCCUCAGCCUAUUCACCUCUCCAUGAAUGGAGUUCCACCAAUGAGAAGUGCUUCAGGAGAUAGUACAAACUUUGCUUCAAAUUCUAAAAAAUCAGGAGAAGAAUGGCCAGACUGGAGUGAGCCUGAGGAACCCAAUGAGAACCAGACGGUCAGCAUACAGGUAUGGCCUGUAGAGUCAUGUGACAAUCCAAGGCCUCAAUUUACUAAUUUGACUGAAGAGGAGACUUGGGAUGAUUUUGAGCCUACCGAUCCUAAAGCAUCUCCAGGGAAUGGCGUUAGUACUGCAAGAGAACUGAAGCAAGAUCCUGUUGUUGUUCUUCCACACAAAGAGGCCGAGACUCUAAAAGUGAACCUACCCCUAAAAGCUAAUCUACCCUUAAAAGCUGAUCCCCCAGGAAGCUGGGAUAAUUUAAAACAAAUGAAAUUGCCACAAGAGAGGGUUCUUAAAGCUCCAUCUGGAUUCGGUUUAGGAGAAGAAUAUACUAUUCAAGUGAAAAAAAAACCAAUGCAAGAUCCUGAGUUGGACUGGUUUGCUGAUAUGAUCCCAGAAAUUAAGCCUUCAGAAGCUUUCCUAAUUUUACCUGAACUGAGAACAGAGAGGAGAGUUCCCCAAGAUGAUGUCUUGCCUACUCUGCAGUUUUCGUCAAAAUUUGCUGCAACUGAAGCUACUGAGGGAGAAGCUGAAGGCUGGGGAGAAGAAGAGGAAUUAAAUUGGGAAGAAGAUGAUAGUAGCUGGUGAUAACUAACAUAAUGUGGACUCUAGAAAUAUUUUCUAUGUUGGUUUUACAAAUUAUUACCUCAACAGCAGGCACCUAACAGAAAGGUCACGAUGACCCAAACAGAGCCUAUUUUUCCUGUACCAGGAAGCUUUCCUUUCCCCAGUUUGUGCCAACUGCUGUGAGUAACUGAGACCUAUGCUAAAAGCCAUGGGUUAGAAAUAAAGUUCACACCACUGGAUUCUAGGAGAAAGGACCUUUUGGAUCUGAGGCCAGAUUCCAUGAAGAGUUAAGUGGCUGUGGAAAGUAAAAGUUGUAUUUUUUAUUUUUCCAGGACAAUUCUAGAAAACUGAAGAUAAUAAAUACAAAAAUUUUAGUUUCUAACUUAAUUUUGUGCCAUUUUUUUUUUCAAAAGCCAGAAGAAUAAGCCCCACUUUUAAUGGCUCAUUUAGAGCAUGGAUGAAAUAUUUUAGAUAAUUGAGCAACUUAUUUAUUUAUUUAUAUGUAAGCCUGUAUGAUGAGGUCCUAUGUGAACCUGGCCCCUGUGUGGACUGUUCUAAAAGACACCAAAGUUCUUAAUGAGGACAUUACUUCUAAUCUCUAAACAUGACCAAUAAAAAUUAUUUUCAAGUCUGUUCUCAA